ACCCGAAUCGGCGUCGUGCUGGCAUUGAGGUGAAUGAGGAUACCCAAACAGGCGCCGCGAUCCAGCAGACCCCAACCGGCGCCGCACUGACCCUUCGGACCCCAACCGGCAUCGUGAUCCCUCAGACCCAAAUCGGCGCCGGCGCGCGGAAUUCAUCCACAGCCAACAGUCUUUGCCCCUUGUUCGGCACGUGUGAUGAAGAAGAUGAAGGAAUCUCCAUGGCGACCGACAGAAUUUUCAAGCACUUUGAAAAUGGCCAGACGGCGCUGAGGGAGGCUCAGUGUGGCAACUUAACCGAUGAGCGUGAUAAGAUCGUCUCCUUGAUGUACGUGCCGCUCAUUCAGAAUUUGCUCCAUGCUGCCUACAAGUUGGCAACAAACAAGACGGUGGACGGAGAGAGGGACCGCAGCUAUGGCAUCUUCUUUGCCAGGGUCAUGCAGCCAAAGUUGGCCUCUUGCGACCAAGAAGUUGCAGACAUUGUCGGCCGGAACAUGCUCGUGCAGAGGAGUGAAGAGCCACUGCAAGACGGAUACGCGGAG